AUGGCGACCCCCGCAGAAGGAAGCAUGGCUGCCCUGUUGCCAGAUCUCCCCAAAGGUCCCCUGCAGGCUUAUCGGGCGAGAGCAAGCUUCAGCUGGAAGGAGCUGCUGCUGUUCCUGGAGGGCGAGGACAUGCUCCGCUUCAAGCACACCAUCUUCUCAGCUUUGGAGAGUGACCCUCUCUUUGAUCGGUCCUGCGGGGCUGACCUGCCCAUGGAGAAGUACCGGGAGCUGAGCUUCCUGCGUUGCAAGCGGGUCUUUGAGUAUGACUUCCUCUGCCUGGAGGACAUGCUCCAGACGCCGCUGAAGGUCUUGGCGCUCGUCGGCUGCCUGGGGAUGUACGACUGGUCACUGUCCAACAAGUACUUUUUACACGCAUUCACUUUUACAUCAGCAAUUUACACCUCUGGCACCGAAAGGCAUUUCGAGUAUAUCCAGAAGGCCUUCAGGAUGGAGAUUUUCGGAUGCUUCGCUCUGACAGAGGUGAGCCACGGGAGCAAUGCAAAGGCGAUCCGCACGACCGCUCACUACGACCCUGCCAGCCAGGAAUUUGUCAUCCAUUCCCCUGAUUUCGAAGCUUCCAAAUUCUGGGUUGGCAACAUGGGGAAGACGGCCACCCAUGCAGUGGUGUUUGCCCAGCUGUACACACCCGGGGCGCAGUGCUGGGGGCUGCAUUCCUUCCUCGUGCAGAUCCGGGACCCGAAGAACCUCCUCCCCAUGCCUGGUGUGAUGGUCGGUGACAUGGGGAAGAAACUGGGGCAGAACGGGCUGGACAAUGGAUUCGCCAUGUUCCACCAGGUUAGAAUUCCUCGUCAGAACCUCCUGAACCGGAUCGGAGACGUCACUCCCGAGGGCACCUACGUCACCCCAUUUAAGGAUGCCAGGCAGCGCUUUGGAGUAUCGCUGGGGAAUUUAUCCAUGGGCCGGGUCACCAUCAUCGGCAUGUCCGUUGUUAAUUUAAAACUGGCCGUGUGCAUUGCGGUUCGCUUCUCGGCCGCUCGGCGUCAGUUUGGACCAGCAGAUGAGGAGGAAGUACCGGUCCUUGAGUAUCAAGUGCAGCAAUGGCGCUUGCUUCCUUAUCUGGCAGCUGCCUAUGCCUUAGACCACUUUUCCAAAUCUCUCUUCCUGGACCUGAUGGAGCUCCAGCAAGGCCUUUUCCGGAAUGAUCAGAGUGUCAGACAGGCAGAGCUCGGACGUGAGAUCCACGCGCUGGCAUCUGCCGGCAAGCCACUGGCCUCGUGGACGGCCCAGCGUGGAAUCCAGGAGUGCCGGGAGGCGUGCGGGGGACACGGCUACCUGGCCAUGAGCCGUCUAGGGGACCUCAGAAAUGAUAAUGACCCCAACUGUACCUACGAAGGGGACAACAACGUCCUGCUGCAGCAGACCAGCAACUACCUGCUCAGCCUGCUGGCACGCAAGCUCCAAGACGGCGCUCGCUUCGAAAGCCCGCUGCGGACGGUGGACUUCCUGGGAGCCUACCCGGAUAUCCUUGCCCAGAGGUUCCCGGGUCCCGGCCGCGCCGGCCUGGACUCCUCGGCCCCCCUGGCAGCAUACAAGUGGCUGGUUUGUUACCUGCUCCGUGAGAGUUACCAAAAACUAGAGCAAGAGAAGAGGUCAGGAAGCAGUGACUUUGAAGCGAGGAACAACUGUCAGGUGUACGCCUGCCGCUCCCUGGCCCUGGCGUUCCUGGAGCUCACGGUGGUGCAGAGGUUCCACGACCACGCGCACCACCCCGGCGUGCCACCCCCGCUGCGGGCCGUGCUGCGGCGGCUCAGCGCCCUGUACGCGCUGUGGUCCCUGAGCCCGCACGUGACCCUGCUCUACCGAGGUGGAUACUUCUCCGAUGAGCAAGCAGGGAAAAUGGUAGAGAGCGCGAUCUUGGACCUGUGUUCACAGCUCAAGGACGACGCGGUCGCCCUGGUGGACGUGAUCGCGCCCCCCGACUUUGUCCUGAACUCCACGAUUGGCAGAGCCGACGGCGAGCUCUACAAAAACCUCUGGGCUGCUGUUCUCCAGGACAGCAAAGUGCUGGAGAGGGCCUCAUGGUGGCCAGAAUUCGCUAAGAAACCCAUCAUCGGGAGCUUGAAACCAAAACUGUGAGGAAACCGAGGCCCUGGAAGUCUCAUACAGCCCAGAGCCCGCAGGCGGGGCGGCCCUGAUGUGCACAGCCCCGGGCCAGGGCCGGCUCGCAGCAGGUGGCCACUAGCGUCCUCGUUAUUCCUGCAAAUUAGAAAGCUCCCCCAGCCAGAGAUGAGUAGACCUCUGAUUUGGUGGGUUCUUUAGGUUUGAACAUGUCCAUCAUGGUUAUAAAUAUAUAUGUUUGGGCCAUUAUGCUAUUCUCUUCCUGCUUUCAGAAAGAACAGGGAGAAAGGAAACAUCCCGCACCCAUGGUGUGUGGGAUGGGUCCGUCCUGAGUGCAAACCCAAAAGUGCCUCUGAGGAGCCCCCUGCUCCCUCCUCGUUGGGGCCCAGGAGUCUGUGGGGGCAGCCGCCCUGCCCAGGCGCCCUGCCCCUUUGGCCUCUCCCGGGGGCAGAGCUGUAACUGAACACACGCCUCCAUUCAGGGUUGGACGCCUGUGCUCUGAGCAGCUUAGGUGAAAGUGCAGAGGCAGCACUAGAGAAGCAAGGUUUUGAGUCAAGGUAAUUAAAAAAAUAACAUUUGAAAAUGCUGCACAGUAAACAUUUGAAUAAUUGGAAUAAAAUAAUCUCAUUUUCUUUCUGUACUCUUUCUGGAUUAAAAAGCAAAUGCCUGGUUAUUAGGUACAAUUUAGGCAAUAUGGAGAAAUUCAAAGAAGAAAAUAAAAAUGGCAUAUAACCCCACACUCAGAACUGCUAGCAUUUCCUUCAUUUGUUCUUGGGCCACAAGGGCGCAGAACUGGAUUCAUCGUCACCUUUGGUUCGUGUCAUAUUCGGACCACCCAGCGCAGAAGCCAGAGCACUGACAUUGAGUGCACCUCCACCUGCCCUUGCUCGCCCCACCCCAGGGGGCCUCCAUCGUGCAGGGGCCUCGGUGUGUAGCUUCAUCUUCUCUACGGGUAACGUAACGCUUUGGCAUGCACCAUUGCGGGUGCUUUCUUCCUCUGUACGUGUGUGUAUGUGUGUGCACGCCACUUUUGAUCAGCAAUGGGCUCAGAUGUUAUGCAGUUUUACAGACCUUCUCCUGAGAUGCAUGGAGAUUUAGAUUCUUCUGCUCUGACAGCCGUCCACGCACAUGCAUCUGUGUGCACACUUGGGAGCGGAAUUGCUGAGCCCAGCUCCAUGUGUGGUAGACUUGGUGCCAUGUCACUGCCGGAGGGAGUGCAGCAGAGCUAGCAUCGGAAUGAGUGCAGGGUGACGAGUGUGGGGCUGCGGCAGACUGCCCGCGUGGGGUCCAGCCACACCCUUUCCUGACGGUGUGGCUUGCCUCAUUUGUAAAAUAGAUGGAUAAGAGAACCUACCUCAUUAGAUAGUUGUAAGCAUUAAAAUGAGUGAAUGCCUGUAGAGCAUGCAAAUGGGAGCCUGGCAUGUGGUAAAUCUCACAGAAUGUGUUCCCUGGAAAGGUGGUAUCCAAUCCUUUAGAAUGCAGUCCUGAUUCCUCUUGCCCUCACCUAGAGGCUGCAUCAAUCGGAGGUGAAAUAAAAUUGGCAUUUCCUGUUAAGAUUUGCUUUUUUCUUUUUUCCUCCCUAGUAGAGAGGCUGAACAUUUCCCAUAAAUUUGGGGGCUAUUUCUAUUUCUUAUAAUUGCCUGUGCUUGUUCUUUGCUUAACGGCACUUUUAGGUUUUGAAAUUUUUGGUUGAUUAGUAAAAGAUUUCUACAUCUUAAGAAUACUAAGCCUUUAUUUGACAUGUCCACUGUAAAUUAUUUUCCUAGGUUGUCAUGCCUUUUAAUUGUGGUGUUGCUUUUUUCUUUUUGAUUUAGCAAGGUGAUGUUUAAAUUUUAAAAAUAAAAAAUAUAUAUAAAUGAAAAAUCUGACAUCCUUUUCCUUCCCACACCCAGAUUAUUUGUAUUUUCGUCUGUUUUCUUUUAGUACAUUUCUAUAUUUAAUUGCCUGGGAAUUUAUGUUGGCAUACCUCAUGACAGGGACCUAGGAUGGUCAGUCCCUUGAAUAAUACAUAAUGUCACCUGUAUCUAUUUUGGCACUUUCUUUUCCAUUUUUUCUUGCAUCAUCUUAUACUGUUUUCAUUAUUGUGGCUUGUUUAUACUUCUUAAAAUCCAUCGUUUAUCUUUUCCUUUUGUGUAGAUUUUCAAAGUGUUUUGUUUAUGGUUACUAUGGGGAUUACAUUUAGCAUACUAAAUCCGUUGCAAUUUAGUUUAUGUUGAUUCCAACUCAACUUCAGUAGCCUACAAAUAUAUAGUUCCUUUAUCCCUCGAUCCCUCACUUUUGUGUGUGUGUCAUAAAUUACACCUUUAUGCAUUGUAUGCCCAGUAACAAAGAUUUAUACUUGGUUUUUAUGCAUUUGAAUUUUCAGUUGUAUAAUAAAUAGUGAAAUAAUACUAGCCUUUAUAUUUGCCCUUAUUAUUACUUACACUGGAGAUCUUUAUUUCUUCAUUCAGCAUCAAGAUACCAUCUAAUGUCCUUUCCUGUCCACGUGGAGGACUCCCGUUAGCAUUUCCUAUAAGACAGAUCUAGUGGUAAUGAACACCUCAGUUUUUGUUUGUCUGGAAAUGUAUUAAUUUCACUCUCAUUUUUGAAGGACAACUUUUUUAGAUACAUUAUUCUUGGGUAACAGGAUUUUUUCUUUCAGCACUUUAGAUAUAUCCCCCCGCUGUCUUCUGGCCUCCUUGGUUCCAUGGAGAAAUCAGAUGCUGGUCUGAUUGAGGAUCCCUUAUGUGCAACAUGUUGCUUCUCUCUUGCUGUUUUUAAGAUCCUGUCUUUGUUGUUGCCAUUGGACAGUUUAACCGUAUCGUGUCUUGCUACAGAUCUGUUUGGAUUCAUCCUGCUUGGCACUUG